UCACCCUCUCUCUCCGUGGGCGCUCGCCACGUCAGCGUCUCGUGGCUCAACGGCCGGAUCGGUUAACGUCGGCGGUAUUUUGGGCAAAUGGAGCGUCGCUCGUGCCCACCUCGGCAAGACACAAGCCGGAGUGUUCCGUUGCGCGUGCCGUACCGCUUACCUCAUCAAAUGUCCUGGCACCUCCCGCGUGCCGUACUCCUACCGCUGACAUCUCACGCUCGCUCUCCUUGGGUGUUCGCCUCGUCAGCGUAUCGUGGCUCAAGUCGUGCUCGUUGUCGGUGUGGAGUAUUAACCAAGUAUCGCCUCGAUAGAUGUUGGAGUCUUCAAGCGAUGGUUGAUGAUGCACACCAUGUGUUCGAGAAAUGUCCUCUCUUGCCGCUCGAGAAUUGGGCUUCGGCGCGCGUUUUCGGAACUGCUCUGGUUCGAUCUACGAACAAUCUGUGAUGGUGAAGUUUGAUGUUCGUCUCAUCUUGAACAGAUCUUCCUCCUAUCAGGUACGUUUUGUUGGGAUUCAAGCUGUUCAUUUGUUGCAAGUUUGGAAUUUUUUUACUGAAAUUGAUUCUUGGAUGUUGCAAUUGUGCCUUUGAGAUGAUGGUGUAGUCAUUGCUUUUGAGGAGUUAAAACACCGUCUUUAUUGAUGAGAGAUUAACUAUUACAUGCAGAGAAAUGAUUUUCCAGAAUAUACCAGUAGGAUGAUUUUGUAGGUUUUUCGUAUUCAUGGUUUUGUUUACUUCUUCUAGGAUACUAAAAUAAUCUUGAGAAACUAGAGAUGAUCAUUGUGGUUCUUUAUUUGUUCUUAGAAUUUACCAUGUCAACAAUUCAUUUCAGUAUCCUAAAGCCCAUGCCUGAUUUGUGAUUUUACUUCAUGCAUGUAGGAACAAAACCUACAGACCUCAGUUGAUGACCAUAGGAUUUCAAUUGGAUGAAGUACUGUUGGAACAUUCUCUUUCUCAAGAAAGUGGUGUAGAUUGAUGGAAAAUUUUGUCAACUUUCAAUCGCCAUAAUCUCUUAUGCAAUUGAUGGUCUUUAGUUCUUUGAAUUUUUGCAUGCAAUUGUAGUAUUGCUAUAUUGCCAUAACAGAGUAUAUCUCUAAUCAUAUAGGUACCUCUAAGAUGCAUCAUGUGUGGGUGUACACUUGCCAUAUAUAAUCACGUGUUAAAAACUCUAAUAUCAGAAACUUAUGUGUUGAACAUCAUGGAUCCUGUGAAAUCCAUUGCUUCUCAGAAGUGUGUUAAAAGUUCACUUUACAUAUUAUUUGUUGCCUACCUUAACAAAUUAUUGUUUAUGUUUGAUUACAAGAGUUCUGAACUUUGAUUGCUGGCACAAUUUGCCAUGAUUUCUUUUAACUGUCUAUGAUUUUAUUGCAGCUGUUCUUAUUCUUAUAAUAAAAUCUAGUUUCAAAGUAUGAUCUAAUAGUCGAUAUGGUAGAAUUGGUACAAAUUUACAUGUACAAGAGUACUUUCAUGGAACACAUCAAAAUGCCUGUUGUACAUGGAAAAUAUGAAUUUAAGAUCUUUUUACUUCUUCUUGUUGUCAUAUUGUCACUCAAGUAGACUGGAAGUUAUCAAAGAUUCAGAACCAGGAAUUAAUUUUAAAAGCUAUCAUGCUGUCGACACUUUCUAUAAUGUUAUACUUCUAAUAAGAUAAGUUCAUGGGUAGAGAUAUCUGAUCUUUGGUUAAAUGCUUAACUUGUCCUUUGAAAAUGGUCGAUGUUAUGACCGUCCAUUUCAGUUAUUUCAGGUGACCAUAGCCCUUCUCUUCAUUCAGGUUAUCACUGGUUUCUACAGAACAUGUUUGACCGAUUGCAAGCCACAGUCAACUGUACUGCAAGAAGAUGUCUCUCUAACAUUCAUCUUUUUGGAUGUUCUUGUAACAUUCACUGAUGCAAGAUUUUCAGAGAGACUAACUAUGCUAGAACACCAUAGUAAAUUUUAUUCUACUCUGACUUUCAACGUCUUUAUCAUAAUGUUUAAUGCUAGUAGAUAUUACAAUGUUCAGUACUAUAAUUUUUUAUGCAAUGAAGCUUCAAAAUGCAUGCAGCAUUUUCUGUUUCAGUUAAAAAUAUUUUUUUCUCUUAUCCCUUUCUUGAUGAAGUUGAUUGUUCCUACAAGCAUUCUUGUAUAUUUGCCUAAAACUUCUCUGCUUCUUGGUCAUUUGUAUUUAAGGAGCUGCGUCAGGAUAGUGGCCUGUGUUGGAUGGCCAUAAUACCUUUGUAAUUUGCAACUUAGUGGUUCAAGUAAUAAGUUCACAUGAGUAUUUUUCAUCGUUUUCAUCUGUAGAUGCUUGUGUCACAUUUUGGUUAUUGAAAGAAGAGCACAUAAAUAUGUAAGCUAACAUUUGAACUCUUCUAAUGUUUGACCUUAUUUAUUACACUAUACUAUAGUAAACACUUGUUUAAAAUGUGAUUGUUUAUGUUUUUAUUUAUAUUUCCUAUUGUUAUUUUUUCUUUAAACUUAACUUUAUGGUAAGUUCUUAGUAUGUUUUUCUUUUGUCAUUUGAAUUCAGGUGUAAAUCCAGACUAGGACUUGAAUAACUUGCACGCAUGAUAUCUAACCCUAGAGCAAUUUAUUAGGCAAGGUCAUGAGCUUUUUCUGAUCUUUCCUUCCAAUUGAUCCGGUGAUAGUGGCCACAAAAGCAUGAUUCAGGCUUUAGUAGUGCAUAAGGGUUCUGUUUUAAUGAUGACAACAAUAACAAGUCAUUCCCAAGAUUCGUAGUUGGUGAUAUUGAUCCUUUCUUAUAGUUAAGCACUCUUUAGAGUGAUGUGACAAGAACAAAUACUGUGGUAUUUUUCAUGGUUCGUCUUAUCGGUCCGUAUCAAUGUAUUGAUUAGCUAUCAGUACAAUGCGUAUCUAACUGUACCGAGCCAUACUGAGACACGAUAUAUCGGGCAUAUUGAUGUACCGCCCGUAUCGAGUGGUACACUAUGAUACGAUGAACCUCGGUAUUUUUCUUAUUAUUUCUGAUUAAAGUGAUCUUUGGUCAUGUUAUAUCUCUCAGGACAUCUCCAAAGUGAACCAAUCUAGUUUGUCUUACUGAUACAUUGAUCUUGGCUGAUUGCAGUUAAUUUGGGAAUGGGUGUUGCAUAUCUUCUACAAGUCAGAAUAGUGUGUGACAAGAUCCACACACUUGUAUACUCUUGACUGAAACUGAUGUGAUUUGAUUGAAAAGUUGGUGGAUCUCAAUAAAAAAUUAACAUGUUGUAACUGUAUAUAUUCAUAACUGAUGGUAGGACAAUAUGCUCGGAAAUUAAAUUGAGCCCAAUUGUCAUACGUAGCACUGAAGCAAUAUUAUUUGAAUAUUUUAGUAUAAUGUCUGCUUUAUAUAGUGCUUUUUUGAGCAUUCCGCUAUGGGUAAGGUUGUUUGCUAGCAAGUGGUGGGAGGUAGGUAAAUAUGGAUUUGGACAAGAAGCACAAUUAUAUCUGCUGCAGAAUUGUCAAAUAUGUGCAUUUUUAUCUGUGAAUUUUCACGUACAAUAAAUAGAAACUUAUUUAUUAGAAAGGGAAGGAGGAGACUAGCCCCUUUUCCUUUCCUCUUUUCUCAGAACUUUUAACUGACAAAUGGCUACUUGACCUCCAAAUCUUUGUUCUAAGGAAUGUAAAGUAUUGUGUGAACUGUGAAAUAUUCAUAUGGAUCUUGGCUCUUUGCAAAUCUUGGCCUAUAAUAAUUAGCUUGUAGCCAGUGCUCAAGUUAUAUGCUUUGCAACAUUAGAGGUGUUUUAUUACUUUAUCUAAACUAUAUUAUACCUGUGUCUUUCAUAUUAACCUGAAGGGAAUGAGCUUUUCUAACAUAGAGUUGGAGUUCCAAUUUGACUUGUUCACUUUUUUCCCUCUGGUCAUCUUUAUUUCUCAACUUCAUUUAAUAGCUGGUGAUGACACGUCAUGGGACAUGCUUGUUUCUACUUUCUUUUAACUAAAUAAGCCUUCUCUAAUCAGGUCAUGUCUACAACUAGGUUUUGGUAUCAGUUAAAAGAAAUAGCAAGUGAUUCUUGGAAGACUAAUAGCUUUAUUAAGACUAUUGUUUUAGCCUGGUGCUGACCUUGUUUUGAAAAUUUUUUAACCACCCGAGCUGGAGGCAUCUUGGAGUUUCAGCUAAGGUAUGACUAGAAGGAACAUAAGAGUCUACUUUUUGCCACUUUUGUCCAGCUUAAUUACUACUAUAAGACAGUGAGAAAUCCAACUAAAGGUGCUGCUAGAAGAAUCUGCGACAUGAAGGGAACAUAAGACUAGUUUCCAGCUUAAUUAAUAGUAUAGGGCAGUGAGAAACCCAACUAAAGGAUAUGGGAGUACGAAAGGUCUUAAGUGGAAUUCCUUGAUGGAAAAUGCAAUAAGAUGGAACUGGAUGAUUACAUCCAAGGAUUAAGUUGGUUGCAGAAGGAUUAAAGAUGCGUUGUUCAAGUACCUCAGACAAGCACAUAAAUUAUCUUAGACAUGAUGGGCUUGAAUAAUGUGUCAUGAGGUGCAGGCAAUUUGCUUUCAUACCAUGAUCAGCAAUGAAAGAUGCUAGUGAAGAAUAUAUGCACGGCUUAUUAGGUUUGGUUAGAUUCCAUAAAUUGACUGUUGUCUUUGCUAUCAAGAAGAAACUAUCCUCUGAAAAUAAUUUUGAAAAACAAACAGAUGGUGGAUCCUUUCCGGUAUGCUUUGGUUUUCUUGAUGCUUUUGUGAUCUUCAAGUGGAUGCAACUAAAGGUGUCUUUAGAUCUACUUCAUGGCCGCUGUUCUUCACCUCUAUCAGAAAGUGGUAUGUCAACUUCAAUUUCAAUUGGAUGAAAUAAUCUUUCCUUUCUUUAUCAUGUUCAUAACUUACUACUAUGGCAACUUUAUAUUCUUCUAUUAUUGGUCACCAAGCACUUGCUUCUCACAGCCCACUUAAUUUCUUGUGAUUCACCUGGAUUCUGGUUGUUCAGUCUUCUCAUGCAUCAUUUUUGCUCGUCUUUAUCAAUGAGCAUGUUCCUGCAUUUUGGGUUACUUUUUGCAGACCAUCACAUAUAUAAAAUUUUCACUUCUUCACAAUAUUUGGCUACAUCAACCAUAUUAAAUAAUUGAACUCAGUGAUCUGUUUUAGUUGUAUUUUGGACAAGCUCUCCUAUGUUUCUGGUAACCCAAAUUGUUUCCUUUUUCAUAGUUGCAUGAUAUUUUUAUCCAUCAAUGUACAUUCCUCCAUUAGCCUUAUUACAUUUUCCUGCUUCAUUUACAUAAUUCACUGAUACUCGAGAAAAAAAUAAAUAGUCGGUUACAUUUGGCUGCUUUUUUAUGGAAUAAAAUGUCAUGAUGACAUUAAUGACUAGGACUCUAAUUUGUGUUGUGUCUCACUGUUCAUCCAUUUCAAUGAUAUGAAUGCUUGCAUUAGUAAGGACAACUUGAUCGCUAAAAUCCAAAAUAUGCAUUGUUACUAGGCUUGUCUUGUACCCAUAGAUCUGCUAAGUACUCAGAUCUUAAGUCAGCUGACCUUUGAUAGUUUGGUGUGAUUACUAGGCUCGUCUUGUAUCCGUAGAUCUGCUUAGGACUCUUUUAAGUUAGCUAACCUUUGAUAAAAUUCUUAGCAUGUUUUUAAGAAAGAUCAAUUUCUAGCAUAAACCUAGGCUUUUCUCUAAGCAGCCACCUAGGCCACCAACCUGUAAGAAUCAAAUGGAAAGAGAUCUUUAAUUUCUUCUCCUAGAUCUACCAGAUCUAGCUAGAAGCUGUCCUGUCUUGUUAUGCUAAUCAAGGAAAAUUCUUCUUUGCAAGCUAGGUUGUUCACUUUUCACAAAUAGAGUAGAAAUUCUAGAGAUCUACCUUUCAGGGCCAGUGUUCAUGAUUAACAGCACCUGUGUGUCCUUAUCACACUGCUGCUGAAUUGGUCCUGCUUUAGAGCAUCCAACAAAUUGUCGCACAUAACGGCACAUUUUGAUGCAUGCAUGGUCCCACUGACUCCAUCCAUCCUAUUAAAAUACUGUCUGGUAGUCUAAAAGAUUAGAAUAUGAGGUCUGCUUUCUUUUUUCCAUGGUUUUGUCUGCAUCACAUCCCAUCUCAGUAAAUGACAGCUCGUGAUGGACAACAGGAGACAUGUGGGCCUGUUCAGUCGUCCAUAUCUUCCAGCUAAAGUGAGUUCCUCUUCCUCUCAUUCCCUUCCUACUGAUUAUGCUAAGAUCUUGUAGCUUCUUUACUUUGGACAACAAUACAAACUUAUUUUAUUGCUUCGCCUAACUAUUGAUGUUUAGCAUCAUAGGCUCUUUGGUAUUUUCUCUCCUAUCUACUUGUUUAUUCUUUUGUCAGAGUGGUUCUUGUGAGCUUUCCAAAGUCAUUGAUGCCAUGGUGGAGACAUCACACUUGGUGUGUGAUUUUGAGGACCAACAAAAGAAUAUGUCUCAGCCGAACAAAAGAUUAGGUUUAUGUGAACAACACAGGAGCUUCUGUGGCCAGCAUCCAUUUGUUGUCCAAAGGUCACAGUAGGUCAUGAAGUCAAAGCAAAACUCUUUGGAAUGAUUUCCCCGUUCAUGUUCAAAAGUGCGCAAGAAAGGCGUGUUUCCAGUGCUCAAAAUAAUGAUGGGAAUGGGAGACCAAACAUCCAAAUGACAGCACUGGUGGUGGCAGGGAAGUUGCCUAUGGAACCAACUUUCAAAUAGAUGAGGCAGAGAAGUUUGUCCUCUGGGAAUGUAUGGUGGGAACCUGACUCCCACCUUUUCCUGUGCCUUUGUUCAGAAUAUGGCACAACCUUUGCUUUGAACAUAUCAAAGCUAACAUGAGGAGCAACAACAAAUAAAGAAGAAAAAGAAGAUUAGAACAGAAAGUGGAAAGGUCCAGCAAUGGUCAGUGAGAUUCUGACCAAGUGGGGAUAGAACAAAGGAAAAGGUUUCUGGGUGACUCUGUUGUUGAUGGGUAGAGAAAGUAAUAGAUUGUGGAGCCCACAAGCGAAGAUGCUUGUAAUUGACCCUAAAUGGGAGAAGCACAAACUCACUUGUUAUCUUCUCUUUCCUUUACUUCUUUCUUUCAAGUCUCUUUCGAAUCCAUUGCUACAUCCCCCUAAAUGAUAUCUAGUAAUUUUGUGACCACCUUUUUUUCUUGUCUUCAACCUUUUGAGGUCUUGUAAUAAGGGUAUUGGUACUAGAGCAAGUGGAGAGUAGUGUGGCUGAGGUUGAUGGGAACAACAAUGGAUUCACAGGAUGGUUGAUGGAGGGGAAUCAGUUGCACUUAUCUACAUGCACCUUGAUGGGCAUUGGUUCUCUUUCCCUUAUUUUACUUGUUCUCAUUCUUUCAGCCUGGUAGGCAUGACUCAUCAAUAGAGAGAGAGAGAGAGAGAGAGACAGAGAGACUAGGGAACAAAUCUGUCAUCCAUAUCACUGUGAGUAAUAAACAACAAUGCAAGGGGAUCAUGCUUCACUGCUAAUGAAUAGAAAUGCAUGAACAAGUUGUUGUGGUACUGCACUGCUCCCAAAAGUUGAAUGGCUACCUUUUCUGAGCUAAACCACAAUGCUUGAACACUUUUGAGGACCACAAUCAUAAUGCAUGAGCAACUUCUCUGCUGAGAUUGUAGAAAAUGGUUUGAUGCCAUAUUAUUCUCCCUUCAUGUUGCUAUCCAAGUCAUGUUCUUUUAUAUUCUUAUUGUGUAAACCUUUACUUUCUCUCUCUGACUUUUAGGGGGAUGUGCAGAGAGAUGUGGGAAAGACUACUACGAGAUUUAGAGCAAAAAACAUGCAUGAAAGGGAUGAGCACAGUGCAGUGCUGAACCAGCCGAGCUUGUAUACUGUGCAAAUGGGACUCGUCGCGCCGGUCUCCGGCGCUACAGUUGCCGCUUCUUUCCUUCCCGUGUACAAUUCGUCGGCUCCUGUGACCACUGCUGCCACCUCCCACAGUGGCCUUGCCUUCUACGACAACGUUGAUGCUGUGGUAGCGGCGUCGAGGAAGCGGUCACGCCCGGUGUCGUUUCUUGGCGACGACAUAUCCUCCCACCUGCAGCUGCAGCAGAUGCUCGACGUCGAUCGCCUCAUCCUGCAACACGCGGAGAGGGUGCAAGUGGAGCUUACGGAGAGGCGGAAGCGGUUCGCGCGGCAGAUCCUGGCGACGGUGGAGGAAGGCGUCGCGAAGAGUCUCAAGGCUAGGGAAGAAGAGAUCGCCAGGAUCGGGAAGCUCAAUUCUGCGCUGGAAGAGCGCAUCAAGAGCCUCCUCGAGGAGAACCAUAUGUGGCAAGGGCUGGCGCGGAGCAGCGAGGCCACGGCCAUGGUGCUGCGGGCCAACCUCGAGCAGGUCGUCGCGGCGCAGGUAAGGGUGGCGGAGAAGGAGGCGGAGGCGGAGGCGGAGGCUUCCACCACCCCCGACGACGCCGAGUCCUGCUGCUACGCAGGCAACGGGGAGGAGGAGGAGGAGAAGACGAGCGCGAGGGCGGAGUGGAGGAGAGUUUGUCGGAGCUGCCGGGAGCGCGAGCCGUCGGUUCUGCUGCUGCCGUGCCUGCACUUGUGCCUCUGCGCGUCGUGCGGCCCGGUCGUCGACGCAUGCCCCGUCUGCAAUUACAGCAAGAAGGGAAGUGUCAGCAUCAACAUGUGUUGAAUUCAAUUCAAGACAUGUAAAGAUCUCUUUUUCUUGCUUUCUUUGAAGUCAUUAUUGUAGAUAUUCUUACUGAAACAAAUGCAAACUAGUUCUUGUGAUGUCUCU